UUAUCAUUCUCACAGGCCAUCCACUCACCACCACCACCCGGCAGCGCAAUGUGUGGCCCUGAAGAUUUGAUACGCGUCACCAAGAACGUGACACUGGCCACGGCAAAGGCCGUUGCCGCCGGUGCUUCCAAUUUACAGACCGAUAUUGUCGCAGCCGCUAAUUUAGGGCGACGCGCCAUAUCUGAAAUGCUACUAAUUUGCCGUUCGGUUGCAUGGAAUUGUGCCGAGACGGAAGAUUUGCGUCAACGCACACUCGAAGCUGGUGCCGCUGUCGGCGAAUCCUAUCGCGAACUUUUGAAUGGCAUACUACACAAUUGUUCGGCCGAUGAUCGUGUACAUCUGUCGCGUCGUGUAGCGAAGAGCGUAACCGAUCUAGUGGCUAUGGCGCGCCUACUAAAGGGUUCGGAUUGGAUUGAUCCCGAAGAUCCGACAGUGAUUGCCGAAAACGAGCUGCUUGGCGCGGCGGCAUCUAUUGAUGCGGCGGCUAAGAAGCUGGCGUCCCUACGGCCGCGUCGCCAACCCGAUGUGAAGAUCGAGUUGGACGAGAACAUGAAGUUCGAUGAAAUGAUUUUGGAGGCCGCCAAAGGUAUUAUGGCCGCUUCGUCGGCUUUGGUGCGCGCUGCCAACGCGGCGCAACGCGAACUCAUCGACCAGGGUAAAGUGGCGCGUCGUCCGCUCACCUCCUCCGAUGAUGGACAAUGGUCGGAAGGCCUUAUAUCGGCGGCGCGGCUUGUUGCUGCCGCCACACAUAGCUUGGUUGAGGCCGCACAGAAUUUGGUGCGCGGCGUAGGCACCGAGGAAAUGCUAAUUUCAACCGCCAAGCAAGUGGCAGCCUCAACGGCACAAUUGCUUAUCGCUUGCAAAGUGAAAUCGAAUCCAAAUUCGGAAGCUGGACGUCGUCUACAAGCGGCAGGCAAUCAAGUGAUCAAGUCUACCGAGAAUUUGGUGCGCGCCGCACAACAGGGAUUGGAGGAUGAGGAGGAGAAGACAUUGAAAAUCAACACGUCGAUGGUGGAUGGCAUGGCGCAGGAGAUUAAUGCGCGCUCCGAUGUGCUGCGCUUGGAGAAACAGUUGGAAGAGGCGCACCAGAAACUCGUCACCAUUAGGCAUGCGCGCGCGAUGCAGAAGAAGACACAAGGUUUUGCCACGGACGAGAGUGACACGGAGUAUGCGCAGUCCACCUACGGCACAUUGCAGAAGAGUCAUAAUAAUACACUAAACCGUUCGGCGGGCUACCCCUCGGACGUGCCCACUUCGCCGAGCUAUUACAACCAACAAGAACAACAGCAGCAGGCGAAGCAUCAUUACAACUAUGCGACGCAUCCACAGCAUUUCCAUCAUCCUGCCGCUGUGUCGCCACCGCCACCACCGAUGAGCCACCAAUAUGCUAGCGUUGGUGAUUUGAAUGGUGGCAUCGAGUUGCCACCACCGCCGCCACCACUCUCCACCACACUGUACAACAUGCAGGUAGCCACUGCGGCCGGCAGUGGUGGCAGCACUUUUAGACCUAACCCCAAACUAACAGCCAACGCCGUGCCACGCCCCUACCCCGGUAGUCCGACAGCAGGUGGUGCUGGUGGCAGUUUAUUAGGUACUAACAGCGGUGUUAGCGGUGCUAAACUCACACAAUCACCCACUUCUAAAGCGAAUGUUAGUAAUUAUCAUCAACAACAACAACAAUCUUUUGAAAAUACCACCACCGCUACAACAACAAUCGCUGGCAAUGCUGCUCACCCAACGCAGUCACCACAACAGAAGUCAUCGUCGUCGGUUAAUCGCAAAUUGGAAGCUUGUGUACAAGAUUUGCAUGACAAGACGUUCGGCCAGGGUGGUGUGGUGCAGAUUACCGGUGCAGGCGCUUAUCCAGGUCAAAACUAUGAGGGUUAUACCUCGAGAUAUGAAACGCGUAACUACGAGAAGAGCAAUGAAACGGUGGACAAACCAUUGGACUCCAACUUCUCGCAAUUAACGCUCAGCACUGAUGGCGGCAAAGUCAGCAUAAUUGAUCAGGGCUCGGAGCGUUUGACAUCGAUGACACAGCGCGUAAUGGAACGCAAAACAUUUAGCACCACAACCGAGACGCGUUCGGAGAAGAAAACCGAGUCGCAUAGUUUUCGCAUGGAAUAGAUUUAAAUAAGUUAGAGAUGCGAAUACACACAAAAGCAAAUAAGCGAAAAACAAAAAUACUGUAAAGGAGAAUAACAAAUAAAAAUAAAUAAUAUAA